GUCUUGUGAAAGUCAAGGCAGUGUGUUUGGAGUAUGGCAUGGUUUCUUCACAAAUCAGUACACUCAGGAGAAGUGUGAGACUGCAGUUGCGAGGCAAACAAUCCUUUCUGGGCUCUCAAAUGCUAUCUGGUAGCCGUGAAGUCCAUCACUGAAGUGGAAGAUGGGCAUAAUCACAGCUCACAAACAUGCCAGACUAUGAAGUGUGCUGCUUGGUUUUCAGAUCUGCACAGUACAAGCCUUUCUGUAAUUUCAAAUUACUCUUCAACGUUUCCUAUUAUAGCUGAUUCCUAGAAAGGAAAUUCAUUGCAGUGUGUGGUAAAAAGGGCAGAUGGGAAAACAAUUAAAGCACUGAAAGCAGCAGUAGUUCCUGGUGACAAGUCUUAUUUCUUGCCUAUGGGUGUAUUUUCCUUCUGGAAGGAUGAUGGCGGCUCAGGAGGCACGGGGAUGAGGUGAUGUGUCAUGAGGCAAAUCCACAAUUCCUUUAUAUGUGGUCUGGGAUGCUCCUGAACUAAUACUUUGGCAUUCAUUUAAUAGGAGACAUGGCUGCUUGAAUGGUUUCAUCUGCCCUUUCAGUAACUAAUUAUUUCUAAUUGCUACAAUAUUUUAGAGGCUUUAAUUGAUGCUGUAAUUAAUAUCAUAAUUUCUUGAGCUGAAGAGAAGCUUUUUCUAUGAUAAGUUUGACACUGUAUAUAUAGUUUACUUUACUCCUUUACUUAUUUUUAGUGAAUCCCAGUAUAUAAUAAAGGAAUUGAGAAAAAUCAGUAUGAGGUAAGGCAAGGAUUCUAACUCACAAAUAAUAUAAACACUUUUAAUAAGUACAAACAAUAGCAAAUGUUUUCAGGCUGUGAGUUGCAAUUUGCUGUCUUUGGAGAGGUUACAGUUCAGCCCCUUGGACAAGAUUUGGCCAGCACAUGCUGUAUCUUGAGCUGAAAAUGCAUGCUUAUUUACUUCAGUCAACGUGGUUCAGGUCGUGACAUUAUCUCAUGGUACAGUGAGCAUUCCAGUUGAGGAGUUUGGUGUGUUGAAGGUCCAGACCGAGCUGCUAGACUUCAGAAAUACCUGCUGUGUUUGAGGAUAGAAUGCAUACUUUGAUUUUUCUUCUUGCUUGCCCUCCAUGUCGGGCUGCAAUGAUUCUCUUCAGGUUACAGAUGCAUAUGCUGAAUGGGGCUCUCUUGGCAUUGCUGUUUCCUGUCGUUAAUACACGCCUGCUUCCAUUUGAAAUGGAAAUUUAUUACAUCCAGCACGUGAUGCUCUAUGUUGUGCCCAUCUAUCUGCUGAGAAAAGGAGGGAUCUACACUCCAGAACCUCUCUCCAAUUUCUGGUGGGCUCUUUUAUCUACUGGGUUUAUGUUUGUGUAUCACUUUAGCAUCUUGCAGAUUCUGGGACUGGUUACAGAAGUGAAUUUGAACAACAUGUUAUGCCCAGCCAUUUCAGAUCCUUUUUAUGGGCGCUGGUAUCGAAUUUGGGCAUCUGGACAUCAGACUGUCAUGACUAUGACUCAUGGGAAGCUUGUAAUCUUACUGUUUUACUGUGCUGACCCCAUCUUUAAAUGUAGUAUGGACUUGUUUAGACUUCCAGCUAAGAAAAUAGACUGAAAUUUCUCCCCACGGAGCAGUACGUACAGGAAGCAGAAACACCUAUAUUGAUACUGGAAAACAAAGAGGAGGGAUGAGAAGACAAUGUGUUUAUUUUUUUUCUCCCUACAGUUUAUGGCCUCAGAAACACCUCUGUUAUCAAUUGAGGGUUUUUCUUUCAACUGCUGUUUUUCACUGCCUACUGCCAAUGGCAACAUUAGUGGCCUUAUUCUGGAAGAGGUUCCUGUUCUGUACAUUUUGUGUAGAUUACAGUAGAAUCUUGCUAAUCUACCCUUUAAAAUUAGGUGAGGAUCUACCUACAUUCCAGCAAAAAGAGUGGCGGCGCUACCUCAUUUUGACUGAUUUUCCACGAAGUACAAGUUUUCCAUUAACGCAAUUAUAUCACAGGAUAGGAAAUAAAGCUGAAUUCCAACUCUCUACUGAUGUGAACAGAACACGUCUUGAAAUGCAUCAUCAUGGCUUAACUCUUAGUACUUAAAUGUUGCAAAAUGGUCACGGUGGAACAAUGUACACUUAAUCUCCUGGUCGUAAGUGCAAAGCAGUGAAGUUUUACUGUGUUUUUCUUUAAGCUGGUUGAAAACAUCGGGGAACAAUAACUCUUUCAAAUACUUUGUUGUGUUUUUGGUUUUUUUAACUGAAUACUUUGGUUUCUAGCCUGCUAAGUAUAAAUGUCUGUCUGGUGAUCCCAUCGGAUCUCAAUGCUUUGGAGAUGAUUUUGAGUGAGUAGAAAAAAAACACCACAUAGAAAUUAUAUAUAUAUAUAUAUAAAAGCCCAUGCUAUGUGUAAAUUAUGGUAGGUAUUUAAUCAACAAUACUGACCUGCCUUUAAACAAAAUACUUUUGUCACUUAGCUUAGACUGGAGACUGAGUAGAGAUGCAACGUACAAUGUAAACGGUUCUCUUUUUUCACUUAGUAGCAUUUUAAACAUUCCUCCUCUCUAUUCUACCCGGAUCCUUAGUAGAGCAGUUGGUGAGGAAACAAUUUUCUGCCUCCAUAGCUCUAGUGCAUUCUUCAUACUGAUUUUUGAAACAGUACAAAAGUAUAAAAAGGAAUGUGAUAUCAGCACAGGCCUCCACUGAAAAAGCAACGUUCCAGUUUACUAGUAUGGCUAGAUCUUCUUGUCAACAUGAGUUUUGGAGUAGAAAAGGAUGUAAGUAGAGAGAAUUAUAAAUAGUAAACUGGCUAAGGGGGGAAAGCUUGAACAUCUUUACUGUGUUCUUCCAGAUAGUUAACUGUAGAUCUAUUGUUGUGCAGACUGUUGUAUUUCAGGGCUGCAGGAAUUGUGUUGUACGAAAUGUUAGUUGCCACUUGUAUUGCAUUGUCAUAGCUGUGACUUGUAAGAUAAAACCAAAACCGUCAUACCUCCUCUGGAUGGAUCACCUGAAGAUAUAUUCUGAUGUUAAGGUACAGUUGUUUUAUACCUCAAGAAGAGAAGUAAGAAUGAUAAGCGGUUGACUUUUUUUUUUUUCUACAAGACAAGAAUAUAAUUGGGGAGGGAACAAAUGACUUCUCCAAAUGUUCUCACUUUGCAUGUUUUGGUUGGUUGGUUUGUUUGUUUUAAGUAGAUCUCUCAUUAGAAGUCCUUUCUAUUACAUUCAAAUUUACAGACUAGCUUCUGGCUUUCUUCCAUGUCUAUAAAGUAAACAUCCUGUACUAUUUACUAUAAAUUGAGAUGUAAGAUUGACCUAAACUAUGAAGCAUGUAUAGCUAGUCCCAGCUGCACAGGCUGAACUACUACAUUGUUCAGUUUGAGAAAGGUAAGCACUAGAUAGUAAGAAUAAAAUCUCAUAGAGUUGACUGUGAAUUGCUGAUCCUGCAAAUGUCUAAGUACAUAAUUCAUUUUAUUGAGCCAUCUCACUACUACUUCAGUAAAACAGGGCAUGUGUUGUGUAUUUGUGGAGGGGUGAGCUAAAGAAAACAUUGAAGGCCCGAACCCAUCUGUGGAAGACUACUUAAUUAGCUGCUGAUGUGAUGCUUAAUUCAAGCCAGUAUUUCAUUUGCAGUUGAUGAAAUACAUGAUGUUGCUGAGAGAUGCUAAGGUGAGCAGGAAUAUUCAUGCCUAUUCAUAUCCUAUGAACAGCUACCUGUACAGUGGUUCUUCCCUUCCCGCAGUUAUUGUCAAGUCUAUCUUGAUUUGUUUUUAUUUACUUAAGGCUUGGCAAAAUGCCUUGUGUUGCUUCUAAACCAGACUAGAUCCAACAUUAUUACAGUAGGAUGAUCUUGCCAAAUUUUGCAAACAUUAGAUUAUUAUUUGCCUAAUUUUACUAUUUUUUUGAUUAAUCCUUCCUGUUUAAAAAAAAAAAAAACACCAAAACCAGCAUUUCCCAUGUGUAAUCAUACGCUUUGGAGCAUUAGAGACAAGUCUGAAACAGCUCGUAUUUAUCACCAUUGACUGCCUCUGGUCAGUUAAGACUAAGGAAGCAAAAAGUGUUUAAGUAAGCUCGGUGCAGUCUCUUCUUAAAAUUGAAAAAGUUUCAAGUCCUUCUGACUUGGAAAUAAGAGUUUCUCUCAAUUUUUUUUCAUACCUCCCCAGUAUGGGUUUUGGUGCAUGUUGAACUUCUGGCUUAAGAUGCUAAAAUGUUUAAUUGAAUGUAAUAUUUCAGCAAAGAGAAGUGAUUUGGCUAUUACGCUCAGUAAGGAUUUUAUGGGCAUCUGGAUUUCAUGAAUGUCAGGAGAGUGGAGCCACUGGGAUCUAGAGGGAAGAAGGGCAGCUGAGUCUUAAACUCUUCUUGAUGGUAAGCUGUGCUGGCUUCUUUUACUUGCUGUACACCAUCAAUGAAGCUGGCUGAGCUUUUAUCCACAGAAUCACAGAAUGUCAGGGAUUGGAGGGGACCCCAGAAGUCUAUCUAGUCAUAGAAUCAUAGAAUCACAAUGUUGGAAAGAACCUACAAGAUCAUCUCCUCCAACUGUCCUCCCAUUACCCUUGCUACCACAAGCCACUAAACCAUAUCUUGUAGCUCCUCAUCCAGACGCCUCUUGAGCACUACCGGGGUGGUGACUCCACCACCUCCCUGGGCAGAGCAUUCCAGUGCCUGAACGCUCCCUGAGAGAAAAAGUUUUUCCUUAUGUCUAAUCGAAAUCUCCUCUGGUACGACUUGUGGCCAUUUCUUUGGGUCCUGUUUGCUGCCUGGGAGAAGAGGCCAAACCGCUCCUCAUCACAGCCUCCCUUCAGGAAGUUGUAGAGUGCAAUGAGGUCUCCUCUGAGUCUCCUCUUCUCCAGACUGAGCAAUCCCAGCUCCCUCAGCUGCUUCUCAUAAGACUUGUGCUCCAGACCUCUCAUCAGUUUCACUGCCCUUCUCUGGACAUGUUACAGGGCCUCAAUGUCUUUCUUGUAGUGAGGGGCCCAAAACUGAACACAAUAUUCUGGCACCCUCACCAAUGCUGAGUAGAGGGGGAUGAUCAGCUCCCUGCUCCUGCUGGCCACACUAUUUCUAACACAGGCCAGGAUGGCAUUGGCCUCUUGGCCACCUGGGCACACUGUCGGCUCAUGUUCAGCCGAGCAUCAUCCAACACCCCCAGGUCCCUUUCCUCUUCACAGUCAUCCAGCCACUCAGCCCCAAGCCUACAGCGCUGCAUGGGGUUAUUGUGGCCAAAGUGCAGGACCCAGCAUGUGGCCUUGUUGGACCUCAUCCCAUUCACCUCAGCCCAGUGACCCAGCUUAUCUAGAUCCCUCUGAAGGGCAUCCCUUCCUUCAGUCCAAUCCCCCUGCUGGAGCAGGAACACCUAGAUUAGGUCACAAUUCCCCCCAGCGCGUUCUGAAACCCAUUUUUAAACAGUCUUUCAGUUUGGUUUAUAGUAUAGCUGUAUGGAAUGUUGUCAGUGCACCGGAGACAUAAGCUUCACAUAUGGGGAAGAAUAGGGCAGAAGGGAAGUAGAAAGGGAAUGAACUUCGGAAACAUCAAUGGAAAUUCACAUACUUUAUUCUUCAGUUGUUUUGAAUAGCUGUUUGGAAGAUGCAGAUGGCAGAGCUUAUUCAAUGUGUAGGAAAUUGGUUUGAGAAGUAAAAUAGAAUACUUAGCCUUCAUAAGGGAAUAUCUGUUCCCUGGCAGACUUUCCAUGAAUGGUUUAUUAUAUGAACAGUUACGCUGUAUAGAUGAUUUUCUGGUAAUUUUUUCUUACUUAGGCUGGAAAUUAAAGAGUAAAACUAUGUUGCUAUUCGUAAAUGCUGAUGGGCAUUCUUUCCUGUGGCCCUAUGGACAGAAUUGAUGUCAAAGUAGCUUUAAGCUGUUGACCAGAGCCUGGUGAUGUUUUAUGUUGGAGCAGUGCGAUGUAUGAUUGAAAGGGUAAGUCCUGGCCCUCCAGCAUCAGUAAACCUUUUUUUCUCAGUACUAACGGUUAUGAAGAUGCUAGGAGUAGAUACAGUGCAGAGCAGGAGGCUGAUGGUAUCGCCAUGCAGACUAUUUCCUUUUAGCAGUAGCUUGUAUUUUAGAGGUGUUCAAGCAAGUUAUAGAAACUCCCCCUGAAGUGGAUUGGUUUGCUGUCCCCUAGCAAGUCAUGCACAACACCAGGAAAAGUUGUGCUUAAGUCUGGACUUUGGAGAAAUUACGGAUGCAGGCAGAUGUUUGAACAGAUCUGUGUACUGUAUAUUAUACUCUUUAGUACCACAGACACUUCAAACAGAAGAAGUGAGGAGCAAUGAAACUGAUUACUCUUUCUGUCAGUGAAUGACCGUCUGAAUUACUUCCAGGCAUACACAGAAAUGGAGCUCUGGUAACUACAGUGAAGUUGUUUGCAUUGAUUCGUUUAUGCAGACCUUGUGUAAGUAGCCUUCCAAGGCACAGAAAUGAGCUGCUAAAACUUCUGCACCCACCAUAAGAUCUGGUGAUAGCCUGUGAAUGUUGAGAUAGUUGUGCCAAGGCUCUAGCUGUCCAGUACAAAUGCAGUGAUAACUUUUUAAAGGAUUCAGGCACUGUAGGCACUGUAUGAACUGUAUCUGUUUAACUUCCCUCUGUUUAAGCACCAGAGACUUACGUUUUGUUUCUUCUGAAGGGUGAAAUUAACAGCACUUGAUCAUAAUUAUAUAAAUCAAUCAAAGCUCCGAAUGCACACCUGUACUUUGGUUUCGGUUCAGCAUCUUAGGGCUCGACAAAUGUUGCUUAUAAGCAAAGCUCACUUGUGCUGUAGCAGAUGCUGCCUUGCUGAGGCUGGGAGACAUGAAAAGUCAUUCAUUUGCAUACCUUAAAACUAUGGAGUACCUCAUUUACAGAUUUAUCCCUCCAUCUCUGGCCACAGUCAGGGUUUUGAUAUUUUAGUAUAUUUUGUAACAUUUUGUAAAGCCUAAUUGUAUUUUCCUUUCAGAAAUGGCUACGUGCAACUGUUCAAGUACUGUAUUUUACUUCUAUAUUCCAAUUCUUGCGUCUAAACCACAGGCAUUUGCUUCCUGUGCAUCCAUACCUAAUGACAACCAUAGACUUUGAUGUUGUUCUUGCUGUUUGCAAGUCAGAGGACCACAGGAUCAUUUAGGCUGGAAAAGACCUUUUAAGAUGGAGUCCAACCAUUAACCUCACCUACUGUGUCCCUCAGUGCCACCUCUACACGUCUCUGAAAUACCUCCGGGGAUGGGGACUGCACCACUUCCCUGGGCAGCCCAGCACAACGCCUGACCACUCUUUUUGUGCAGAAAUUCUUCCUGAUGUUCAACGUAAACCUCUCCUGGUGCAACUUGAGGCCAUUUUGUCACAUCCUAGCACUUGUCACCUUAAAUUGUUUGACUUGAGGUGGAUACUUAGGAAUUAAAUUAUUUCUAAUAGUUAACACGGCUCAGAAAAAGCUAAAAGGAGGGCAUAUAUCAUAUGUUAGAAGGUGGAAUGUUCCUAUGGGCAGAUGGAUCAGUGCUGAUGUUUUCAUUUUUAGUGACAAGAUACAUAACAGAUCUGUUGAUUCUUGUGAUCUUGUACUCAAUAUGAUAUUGCUGUAUACUUGUCUUGCAGCUUUAUUGUAACUUAGUUAAAACCAAGCUGUUUUUUUAAAUGCUGUUUUUCUUCAGGGUCAAUUUUGUACUUUUUUUAAAUUAUUUCUGCAUUUACGGAGUCAUUAUCUCGAUGCUGCAGAGGAUGCAGCAGGCAGAGCAGGGCGCAUACCCACACUGCUCUCAGCAACCAACCUGUGCCGGGGAAGUGGAACUGCUCGGGGACUGGGCUGAAGCACAUUCGUGGUCCUUGGAAGCUGGCGGUUCCCAUUAGCUAACGCUCUUGUUCAAGGGCAGUGCUACCCAGGCACAGAAUGGAAUGGCAAUGUCAGGGCUGGUUGUGGAGCGGCUCGGCUGCCACGUAUGCUGUUAGUUCUGAAUAAUUUGUAGGAACGUUCUGAAUUUUGUAAACUUUUUAAUGUGCUAAAACUUGGUUAUGAGGUAACAUUUACAAAUAAGGGAUAACUUGUGUACUUGUUUUUGUAUUUUGGUCUCUUUUUUUUUUUUUGGUUGGUGUGCCCUCUGUCCAGCUCACUGGGCAAACAGUUCUUAAACCUUUGAAUUAAAACAAAUAAAUGCAAUUUAAUGGUACUGUCA